UCAAGUAGGAGGGGUCUUUCGUUGCGCUUAGCUACUCCUGAAAGUUUGCGGAAGUUUAUUUUCACAGCUAAAGUUGAAGUCAGCCUACUGGAGGGUAAAACCACAGAGAGACGUGAUUUUUUUGUGUUGUACUUCAAUAGAUGGAACUCAGCUCAGAGAAAAUACAGCGGAUCCUCUCCAAGUACAAAUUCCAUGAUGUUGCAAUUGAGGAGCUGCAGAAAAUCCAUCGGAUUUACCCCGGGAUGAAACCAGUCACGGGCACAUACACAUUUAGUGACAGCACCCAAAAAGACCUCUUGAAACUAAUCGGGAACAUCCCCGUCCAGUAUGGAGGCCGCUCCUACAACUUCCCCGUUCAGCUAUGGCUGUUGGACUCAUUCCCCUUCACACCUCCCAUAUGCCUCCUGAGACCGACCCCUAACAUGGUCAUCAGAGAGGGCAAGCAUGUUGAUGGAGGAGGACGGAUCCACCUGCCGAGCCUGCACAACUGGGAUUAUCCUAAGUCAUCUGUGGUGGGUCUUCUGAAAGAGAUGAUUGUCAAGUUUGAGGAGGAUCCUCCGCUGUCCUCGAAGACCACAGCAGACAAUAAAGACCCCCAUGAGCUCCUGGCUUUUGUUUCAAAUCUACAGAUCAAUGAUGGUACUUCAGUCGGUGGAAGCAGGCAUGAUCGACCAAACUACAAAGUUUCAGUUAUCGGGGGAGGAGAUUUAGGGAUGGCAUCAGUAAUGAGCAUUGUAUCAAAGGUAAACUACAUGUCAGGGGUUUUGUUUUGAUUGAUAUGUUAUAUU